UCCCUCGUCUACUGCUUCUAUCUCUACCACAGAAUCUACAUCACUUCCAAGAAAACUACCAUCACUUCCCUCCGUCUCCACUCCAUUACCCUCAUCCAAGAGCUCGCCAUUUGCGCUACUACUCUCUCCCCUUUCCCGAGGAGACCGACUCCGCUCCCGAUGGUCUGUGCUGCGACGAGACAUCCCACCCUCCUACCGGAAAACCACCUGCCUCCAAUGUCAACAGGUGACAGAGCGAUGGCACCUCCAUGAACUGGAAAAUCCGCAGAUACGUCUGGAUGAAUGUAAGGACUUUAACUGGACACAUUAAUAGCAUGGCUGAAAGCUUGAAGGUCACCAGCACAACUGGCGCACUGUGCAGCAGAGGUAAUGGGGGUGCUGGAUGUGAUGAUGUCCCUUUGCACCCACCUUUGUUGGUGGAUGCCUGGUUGGUGCCCCUGUUCUUUGCUCUCAUCAUGCUCCUUGGACUCCUGGGUAACUCCCUUGUCAUCUAUGUAGUCGCUAAGCAACAACAGAUGAAGACUGUCACCAAUAUUUACAUAGUGAAUCUGGCCACAACAGACAUUCUGUUCCUAGUUUGUUGUGUGCCUUUCACGGCCACUCUUUACCCUCUGCCCAGCUGGGUAUUUGGAGACUUCAUGUGUCGGUUGGUCAACUAUCUACAGCAGGUGACAGCUCAGGCAACCUGCAUCACUCUUUCUGCAAUGAGUGUGGAUCGCUUUUAUGUGACAGUGUACCCUCUCCAGUCCCUCCACCACAGGACUCCACAGUUAGCCAUGGCUGUCAGCAUCUCCAUAUGGAUAGGUUCCCUGCUGCUGUCUGUGCCAGUGGCUGUGUACCAGCGUCUAGAGCCAGGCUACUGGUUUGGCCCACAGACGUACUGCACUGAAGCCUUCCCUUCCCCAAGCCUCCAAAGGACCUUCAUCCUCUACACCUUCCUGGCGGUCUACCUGCUGCCGCUGGUCACCAUUUGUUUCUGCUAUGCCUGCAUGCUUAAACGUAUGGGCCGCCCCAGUGUGGAGCCAACGGACAACAACUACCAGGUCCAUGUGCAGUAUGAGCACUCAGAGGCGGUGCGUUCGCGGGUCUCCCGCAUGGUGGUGGUGAUGGUGUUGCUCUUCACCAUUUGUUGGGGGCCCAUCCAAGUGCUGCUGCUCCUGCAGUCUCUGCACCCGGCUGCCCCACUACGCAGCUACACCCUCUACAAGCUGAAGAUCUGGGCUCACUGCAUGUCUUACGCCAGCUCGGCCCUCAACCCGCUACUCUAUGCCUUCAUGGGGGCCAACUUCAGACGGGCUUUCAGGGGCGCCUUCCCUGCUGCGUUCAAACGCGCUCGCCGCCGGACACAGCCACUCACUGACCCCACACACGCUGAGCUGAACUUCCUUUCAUCUGGACCCUGAGACUCUCUCUCUUUCUCUCUCUAGCUCUCUCUCACUCUCUCUCACUGUCCCUCUCAUGCUCCCAUAUAAAAACAGUGAUUUUGUGAAAUGUGUGGUAAGAGAGAUAUCUAAUGCACACUGACACACACUCACUUUGACAGACAUACUCACACGACUCCUCUGCAUAUAGCCUUUAAUCAGAGGCUAAUUUUUGCCAUGUGACCUUUUCUCUCUCGGUGGUGUCACAUGUCUUUGCUGGCUCACGACUGUUUCACUGAGUUUGUUGCCGCGUGUUACCUCAUGCAUACCGUCCACUCUGUACUUAAUUCAUCACAUGAGACACAUUAUGGGCAACGCAAAAGGAGAGAUGGACACACAAAACAUCCAACAAAACGCAAAUGUCAACUUAAAGGCUGUAUCAGCGAUAACAGGGAUACGCCACUUCUGUUGAUGUUCAAACAAAACAGAGAGCGAGCGAGCUACUCCCUCCCCCUCCUGAACGCGCAUCUCGUCGGUUAUUUGUUGAAACACUUUAUUUUGCCUUUGAGGGGUUGCCAACCCUUGUUGGUAGCGUUUUUUUGACGACCUGCUUAUGGGGCGGGCAGCUAGCAAAAGCUGUGAUUAUUUAUGUUGGCCUUUUUUGGGCCUGAAAUCGCUGAUACAACCUUUAAGCAUCCUGUAUUCCCUGCAUCUAGUGACAUGGACUUAUUCCACUUGUUGUG